GAUGUAAUUCCUUUUCCGCUAGCGCUUAGCAGCCGGUGUCUCUUAUGUUGACAGCGAGCGACGGUAUUUGGCUCAUUACGGGGAAAAAUGGCAUCGGCGUCCAACUUUUACAGACUCAGGUGCUCCGUUCUUGGACACGAAAUGGACGUCAGGGGUCUUGCGACCGCCGUAUUCCCAGAAGGAGCGUUUGUUUCUGUGUCCAGAGACCGGACCGGAAGGAUCUGGGUACCAAACUCAAGCCCAGACAAUUCUUUCGCAGAGAUGCAUUGUGUGACAGGCCACACCAAUUUUGUAUCUUGUGUAUGCAUCAUCGCACCAAGUGAAACAUAUCCACGAGGACUUAUUGUCACUGGAGGCAAUGAUAACAACAUUUGUGUUUUUACUCUGGACGGACCACUGCCUCUUUACAUACUUAAAGGUCACAAAAAUACAGUUUGUACGUUAUCUUCCGGAAAGUUCGGGACACUUCUGAGUGGCUCCUGGGACACAACAGCCAAAGUGUGGCUCAGUGAAAAGUGCAUGAUGACGUUGCAGGGCCAUUCUGCAGCAGUGUGGGCCGUGGCAAUGUUGCCUGAACAAGGACUCAUGCUGUCCGGAUCGGCAGACAAAACCAUAAAGCUAUGGAAAGCUGGACGAUGUGAGAGGACAUUUACAGGUCACGAAGACUGUGUCCGAGGACUGGUUGUAAUCAGCAGCACUGAGUUCUUCUCCUGCAGCAACGACACCAGCAUCAGGAGGUGGCUGGUGACAGGUGAAUGUGCACAGGUAUACUACGGCCACACCAACUACAUCUACAGCAUUGCCGUCUUCCCCAACAGUGAAGAUUUUGUAAGCACAGGGGAGGACAGGACUCUCAGAAUAUGGAGGAAAGGCGAGUGUGCUCAGACCAUCCGCCUACCUGCUCAGUCUGUGUGGUGUUGCUGCAUUCUUCCAAAUGGAGACAUUGCUGUGGGAGCAAGUGACGGCAUCAUCAGAAUCUUUACCGAGUCAAAGGACCGCGUGGCCAGCGCUGAGGAACUUCAGGCAUUUGAGGACGAGCUCUCCAAAGCCACCAUCGACCCUAAGACAGGAGACUUGGGAGACAUCAAACUGGAGGAGCUACCUGGAAGGGAACACCUUGACGAGCCUGGGAACCGCGAUGGGCAGACACGGCUGAUCAAGGAUGGACAGAAAGUGGAGGCAUACCAGUGGAGUGUCAGUGAAGGCCGCUGGAUGAAAAUUGGAGAUGUGGUCGGCGGCUCAAACCAGCAGACCUCCAAAAGUGUCAUGUAUGAAGGCAAGGAGUACGACUUCGUCUUCACCAUCGACGUCAACGAGGGAGGGCCGUCCAUGAAGCUGCCCUACAAUGUGUCAGAUGACCCUUGGCUGACGGCACACAACUUUUUGCAGAAAAACGACCUCAGCCCCAUGUUCCUCGAUCAGGUCGCUAACUUUAUCAUCGAAAACACUAAAGGACAUGAGGUCGGACCCGCACAGCCAGCAGGUGGUGACCCUUUCACUGGAGGAGCUCGUUACAUCCCUGGCUCGACGGACGGAAGGCCAAAUUUUGGAGGCGAUCCAUUCACAGGCUCUGGUCGCUACAUCCCAGGCUCAGAACCAAACCCAGUGGCUCCUGUAGGCGUGGCAGAUCCCUUCACAGGUGGAGGCGCUUACUCCUCAUCAACCCUACGACAGAAAACAACCAACAUUUACUUCCCCAAGACUGAUGGCGUCACCUUCGAGCAGGCUAAUGUUUCACAAAUCGUCGGCAAGCUAAAGGAGCUGAACGGAGGCGCCCCUCAAGAGCACAAACUCUCUGAAGACAUUCUAGAAAGCCUCGAGAGGCUGCUCGUGUCCGUCUGUGGGUCUAACGCCACUGAGUGCUCGCCAACUAUUCAGCAAAUCAACCUCCUCUGGAAGGCCUCACAUUGGCCUGAAGAUAUUGUGUUUCCUGUCCUGGACAUUAUGAGGCUGGCUGUGCGUCACCCGCAGGUAAAUGAGAGUCUGUGCGGUGAGGCGGAGGGCGUCCAGUUGUGCAACCACCUCCUGAGCCUAAUGAGGCCAGAGGGACGGCCCGCCAAUCAGAUGCUGGCGCUGCGGAUUCUAUGCAACUGUUUCAACGGCAAGCACGGCCAAGCACUCCUCAUGGCCCAGCGCGAAGCCGUCCUCUCACGGGCCGCCGACUUGGUCACCGUCUGCAAUAAGAACAUCCACAUUGCUCUCGCCACACUGGUGCUCAACUAUGCCGGGUGCCUGCACCAACGACCCGACCUGGAGGCCAAAGCGCAAUGCUUGUCUGUGGCCAGCAGGGCUCUGGAGACCGUGCAAGACAAGGAAGCUGUGUUCCGGCUGCUGGUCGCUCUGGGGACCACAGUGGUCUUCGACCAAAUGGCCCAGGACCUCGCUCGCUCGCUGGGGGUCAACACGCAGAUUUCUCAGUUCUUAUCUGUAUCCGAUCCUUCAAAGGUGGCAGAGUGUUGCCAGCUGAUUUUAAAGGAACUACAAUGAUGACAAAUGACAAUAAAUUAAGGUGAAAUCAUUUUAUUACAACCACACUGUUUGCUCAUCAUGAUGUGGAGUCAACUUGUAGGUUGUACAAUAAAAAGGACACGUUUCAAGAGGAA